ACCUAUCAUUGAAAUUUGAACUGAAAUUCGGCUGCUCGUGCAGACAAUUCAACAAAAGGGCAUAUAUCAUCGCUUUACUUGACAUUCAUUGGGCUGGAAAAUAUGGCGCAAGUUGGUCCACAACCUGGUGGUGUAGCUACAUACAAUCAACAGAUGGGUGCUACAGUUAUUGUAGGGAAUGAGGAGAGACGGUCCUAUGUAUGCCUGUCAUUCUUCAGUCUAAUCCUGAGUCCCUUCUGUGGAAUUAUCGCACUGAUCUUUGGCUGUUGUUCCAAAUGUAGUUAUAAUGAUGGGGAUUUUCAAAAAGGAAGUUGCCUAGCAAGAUGUGCAUGUGGAUGGGCAUUGACUGGAAUCAUCACCACAAUAGUGAUUGCUAUACUGAUUGUAGUACUAUUUUUCGCAGCACCUGAAAUAUUUUGGACUAUAUAUAUUCUUGUUCUAGCUAAAGCACAUGGCUUUGAAUUGAACAUGAUGGGUGCUUAGAUGAAUGCAGAUGCUGGAUAAACACCACUCCUUAAAUUAAAACAGAAGCUGAAUAUUCUUUGAUGUACUUUAGGUUUAUAUUGACAAUGGUUUUCAUAUUUUGUGAAACAAUCAUUUUUACAAAGGAGCAUGUAGGUUAUCGCAAACAAUUUCAAACGAUUCUAUCUUGAAUUAUGAAUAUUUUCUGAUCAUGAACAUAGGUGUAUCUUUUACAUCAAUUCAUUAUCUUCAAGAAAAGUAUAUAUAAUGAUAAUUUAGUUAAUCAGACCUAAGUGAUAUUAAAGGGGCAAUGAACCAAUCAACAUACUU